AAUUCAACUUUAAUAAUGUUAGUGGCAUAAAAAAUAUGGGAAAAGUAGUGGGGCUACCUCAGCAUUCUCACAGUGCGUGUUCAUGUUGGGUCCCAACCCAGUUUCACCUUAUAAGAUGGUCGUGCAGACUGUCGAGGUCACUGGGUGCUAGACAGCGUGCUCAGUGAGUCCAGAGGCUUAUUGAGACGCACGAAGGUCACCACCACCGGGAAGGGUUACUGUGUGCAUAUCAACGUGUAGGGGACACAGGUGAAGGGGGGGGUCACAGUAUAAAACACACAGCUCUUACUGAUACACUAGGUUUAUUGGCCCGGAAUUCAUAUUUUGUACUUCAGGGGAAAAUAGCUUGCAUAAUGUUUAUAUGUGUGUGUGUGUGUGUGUGUGUAUCCCUCUUUUUCUUUAAAAGAAGAAAAGGUGGGGGAACAUCAGACUUGUUUGAAAACAUGCUUGUAUAAGCGAAGAAAACCAUGGGCCAGCAGGUGGUGUGAUGGUUAAGGUGCUGGACUCCCACAAGGCCCACAGUGGUUUGAGUCCUGGACUGGUGGUUUGAAACUCACGCUGGGUGCAUGUGGAUGUAUGUCUCAAAUCCCGGGAAGACAAUUUAGGAGAAGGAACUAUGGCAUGGCCAUCUCUCCUGGGGGGUUAUUUCUCACUUUCCCUCUCUCUGUCUUUUUCUGUGUCUCUCCAGCGAGUGCACUCACCCUAUGGCAAUGACCUAAAAUACGUAAAUAGUACAUUUAUUUCAAAGAAGAACCUAAGAUUUACACAAAACAGUGUGAGUGCCAUUUUGGGGAGUGAGAUUUGGACGCAUACUUCUUUAUCUAUCGCUAAUACUUAAAUGGUAGAGAAAAAGACAGCAGGGAACUGAAAUGGAAACCCGCUCAGGGGUGGCAGGAAGGAGGGGCCCCAGCCUGCAGGGUUUGGAGAUGGCUGCUCGUCCCUGAGCGGAUUUCCUGCAGAGCAGGGCCUGUCUCCACGCCGAUUCGGGGUCUGUUGUUCAGUGGGAUGCCUGUGCUGGGUAAUCUCCUUACCCAGAAGACCUCGCACCAAGGGCUAACGUGCUUAGUAUUGCUCUUUGUUUCGCUGGUAAGCUUUUUCGUUAUUCGGGGAAUUAAAAUCCUUUCCUCUUGAGCCCAAUUAAAUUUGUUAAGAGAAGGCCUCUGUGGAAAGGCCCUUCUUCGAGGGCUCCAAGUGGAAAUGAUUGUUCCGGAAACGUCUUUCCUCAGUCUCGGGAACAGGUCACAGUGAGGCUCAGGCACGGGCUAUCUCGUUAUCCCCCUCCAGGAUGCUGGGGAGCGACGCGGGCAACAGUUCCAACUUGGGAAACGAGGACAGCUCUGCCUUUUCACAGACGGAGCACAACAUCGUCGCGGCUUACCUCCUUACGGCGGGUGUGAUCAGCAUUCUCAGCAACAUCGUAGUGCUGGGCAUCUUCGUUACGCACAAGGAGCUGCGGACACCCACAAACGCCAUCAUCAUUAACCUGGCCUUUACGGAUAUCGGGGUCAGCAGCAUCGGCUACCCCAUGUCUGCUGCCUCCGAUCUGCACGGAAGGUGGAAGUUCGGACAUGCAGGCUGUCAGAUUUACGCCGGCCUGAAUAUAUUUUUCGGGAUGGCGAGCAUUGGGCUGCUCACGGUCGUGGCCGUGGACCGCUACCUGACCCUCUGCCGUCCUGCCGUAGGAAGAAGAAUGGGCAGCAGCACCUACGCAGCCAUGAUCCUGGGGGCCUGGCUCAACGGCCUGUUCUGGGCUGCCAUGCCCAUUGCCGGAUGGGCUGGCUAUGCCCCGGAUCCCACAGGGGCGACCUGCACCAUAAACUGGAGGAAGAAUGAUGCGUCCUUUGUGUCCUACACGAUGGCCGUUAUUGCGGUGAAUUUCGUGGUGCCCUUGACGGUGAUGUCCUACUGCUACGUCCUUGUCGCUCGCGCCAUCGCAGGGCACGCUGCCUCCAGCUGCUCUGAGCACCGCUGCCGAGACUGGUCGGAGCAGGUGGAUGUCACCAAGAUGUCCGUGGUCAUGAUCCUCAUGUUCCUGGUGGCCUGGUCCCCCUAUUCCAUCGUGUGCCUGUGGGCGUCCUUCGGUGACCCGCAGAGGAUUCCUCCCGCGAUGGCCGUCGUGGCCCCACUGUUUGCAAAGUCCUCUACGUUCUACAACCCAUGCAUCUAUGUGCUCGCUAAUAAGAAGUUUCGGAAGGCGAUGUGUGCCAUGUUCAAGUGUCAGACUCACCAAGCAAUGUCCGUGACGAGUGUCCUACCAAUGGCGAGCUCUCCACGCCCGUUGGCUCCUGCGAGGGUCUGAAAGAGCAGAGAAGCGCGUGCUCUUGGACACCUGCUCUGCCGCGCAGUGCUUUGUCUUCGCUCUCAGUACGAGCCCGCUUAGUCUAACGCCACACGAGGAAGUGGCGCCGGGGCUCUCGGUCUGCGCUGGCUGCCGGUGCCUCUCCUCCCUCCACGGCGGCUCUCGGCUCAUCUCCCGCCCCGGCCCUCUUCCUCCGCUGGGCAGCCAUUGCUGUGCCAGGCCCUGAGCUUGCCUGGCCCUCUGCUAGACCAGAAGUGGCCGCUGACGCCGUGUGGGGCACGGUAACAGUGACAGUAUCCGGCCCUCUUAGCGAGUGCUCACAGAAAUAUUGCUGCGUGGUCCCCACCAGAAAGGAAAGCAUGUUUGGCAUUUUGAAAAUUUGAAAUUGCAAAUCAAUUUUUAACUUAUGCUAUUUAAUAAA